AUGUCCUUCCUGCCGAACGGCGAGCACUGCCAUGUCGUCAGCGGCAGCUUCAUGAGCGGCCUGAGACCCGCCGCCACCGGUGUCAACCUUCACAUGUUCCACAAUGCAUUUCUCCAAGUCCACCGAGCAGGACAAGGCAGCCGCCUUUCUUGGUUCUUUCUUACCCACAAACCGGUCCUGAAAGCGUGGACGGAACCAUGCCCUCACGCAGCAGGCCGAGGCCUUGGUGGGCGAGUCACUUUUCUCCUUGGCUGCCUCUGCAGAGCCCGACGGACGGGGCAGGCGCGCACGCGGUGCCUCUCGUCGGUGUCGCGGCUCGAAGAUCAGAUGGAGGCAUUCAGGGCUGCCGUGGCUCCAAAGCCGAGUGAUCGCUUGAGGCGAGCCAAACUUCUAUCCAAACUCGAGAAAAUUUCAAAGAAGCUACUGGGCUCAGACGUUCAAGUUCUUGGCUACGGCUCUUGCUUCACUGGCGUGGGAGAAAGCGAUGCUGAAAUUGACGCAACCGUCUACAUCCCAAUGACCCCAGCACGUGCAGCUGAGCUGAAGACGGUUGCUGCAACCCGGUCUCGACAGAUGCGCGAGAUUGUCAAGAAAUGUGCACUGCUUGGGCUGCAGACGGCUGACAACUUUGGGGUCAGGCGUGGCACAGCAUGCAUAGAGGAGUCCACCUCUGUUCACUUGAGUGGCAACCUUUGGCGAACCUAUUCAGCUGCAAGAUGCAUCCUGAGCUGUCAGCGCCUGAUGCCACUCUACAGCUCACAUCUGGUUCGUGCCUAUCUGCAGCUUGACCCCAGGCUCCAAAAUCUGAUCUUGGCGUUGCGUCACUGGGCACGUACCGCUGGCAUCGUCGGGAGGGAGGUCGGAAUGCUGUCUUCCUACACCCUCGCCCUGAUGGCAAUCUACUCUGUCCAGGUAUGUGAUGGGCUACCAUCCUUACACAAUCUGGCCAAACAGGAUGCUGAAGGUAUUGUCUCCGACGACGGCUUCGACACAGUGUUUGUACCUUUUCAAGAUGUGGACAAGGUGGGUUACAAUGCCCUCAGGAGCAUGUCCUCUGGAGAACUACUCUUGAACUUCUUCGAUUUUUUCGCCGAAAAGUUCGACUGGAAGCAAGAAGUCGUCUCUGUGCGUGAGGCUUCGCGACAAACGAUCGAAUCGCCUUGUUUUCAGAAUCUUUGGGGCAGAACGAAGAAAGCCGGCUUACACGUUGAAGAUCCCAUCGAAUUGGGACGGAACCUCAACAACACCGUGAGCCCCGAUGUAGUGGAGCGUUUCCGGGCGCUUCUGAUCGACACCGCCGGCAAAGCGCGAACGAAUCCGGACUUGGGAGAGUUGAUCUGUCUGGACGGGAGGCCACUGCCCAGAGCGGGCGCUUGCGAAGAGCCACAGCAAAUCCAGGCUGCAAGGCAUUUGGAGUUGCCUGACCUGGAAUCAGCAGGCUGUGAAUGCAUAGUGUGUGGUCGCAAAUUUUCAGGUGCAUGGUCUCUUCGGCAGCAUGAGGUGGAUACCGGGCACUUCAGCACAGACGACUCAGCACAACUUUUGUCACAGAGAGAGCAGGAUGCUGCGGCAGCUGCAGAGAUCUGGAGCCGACUGGAUGACGCAUUGUCUGAGGAGUAA